AUGGUAUCCCGUCUCGAGUGUGCUAUUUGUUUCCAUUAUUUCGAUGAUUUCGAACGUCUGCCGAAGGUAAUUGACGAAUGUGGGCACACAUUCUGUUAUGCAUGUUUGGAGAACUGGCUCAAUAAUGAGGAUACUUGUCCAAUGUGUAGAACCCCAAUCAAUUUGACUGCAGAGAUUCCAACUAAUUUGGAACUUUUGUCGGUUUUCGAGAAGAAGAAGAGAAAUCCGAAAUGCAGUUGUCAUGAAUCUCGAAUGUACUACUGUCCAACUUGUUUGGUUCAAAACUAUGUCGACUGGGAUGAGCGACGUGAAAGCGGAGAGCACACAUUCUGUUUCGGGUGCGCACGCAAUCACUUCCAUGAAAUGGAACAUAAAGUGAGGAAUUUGGAAACGGAUCACGAUGAUUUGAUUGAAGUUGAAUCAGGAGAAUGCGACACAAAAGAAGGAGCCGAGGAAGAAAAAACAAAAAUAUCCAGUGACAAAUGCAGAAAAUAUUCAAUUGCUGUUGCUGUAGUUGCAGUUGGAAUUCUCUCAAUUGCAUUCACUGUCUCAUUGUGUCUACUCUUUAAUAUAAUUUCUUUCUAA